AUGGCUGAGUCUCAGCGGAGCCAGGCGGCCAGCACAGGGGGCACUCACUGCCCUAAAGCCAAUUCUGUUGUUUUUGAGGAUGACCAUGUUGAGACUGCACAAGAAAAACCAGUGAACGAAGUGCCAGAGAACAAAGCUCUUUCUCCCACAUGUGUCACAGACGGGAUAUUUUUUACUGAUUUAGGCAAUAAGCAACUGCAAACCAUCUUGCCAGAGGUCUUGAGUCUAGAAUAUCUGCAAGAGCUGCACGUGGAAAAGAACCAGAUUAUAAGCAUCCCCAGGGACAUCAGUCGCCUGAGGCACAUGAAGAUCCUCUACUUGGAUCAGAGUCACAUACAGGACGUAUGUGAAGAACUGGGGGAGCUGAAAUGUCUUCUGAGCUUAGAUUUAACUAACAAUCCCCUCUCCUGUAGUUCACUGCCAGUUAUCAGCAAGUUGCAGUCCCUUUGUCAGCUCCGGCUCUAUAGAACAAACUUGCAUGAAAUCCCAGUGCAGAUCUGUGAAUACCUCCAUAAUGUUGAACUGCUUGGCCUUUCUGACCCUAAUCUCAAGUGUCUGCCUAAAGAAAUAGUGAACCUGGCAAAACUCAAGGAAAUUUACCUCCAGAAAAAUAGAUUUGAAAGUUUUUCCAAGGAGCUUUGUCAUAUUGCUAAUUUAGAAAUAAUAGAUCUGGAACAAAAUCUAAUCAGUCUCAUCCCAGAAGAGGGAGGCUUUUUGACAAACUUAGUUAAGCUAUUUUUAGCUUUUAAUAACUUAUCCUCCAUUCCUCCUACACUGCAACACUGCCAGAAGCUGGCUGUGCUGGAUCUGUCUCACAAUCUCCUGCACAAGCUUCCCCCCAUGUUGAAGAAUCUCACUGAAAUGAGAGUACUCAGACUGUCUGCUAACAGCCUGGAGAAGUUCCCACACCAGAUCUGCCGCUGGCCGUGCCUUUCCCCUGUUUAUCUGAGGAACACCGGACUGCGCGCAGUACCCGGGUCCUUCACCAGAUUAACCAGUGUCAGGAUACUAGAUCUGAGUGAAACUGAUGAUACUCCUAAAGGAAUAUGCACUAUGAAAAAUCUGGAAGUAUUGGCCCUGGAUGACAAUCAGAUACAGGAGAUACCUGUGGAGGUGAAAGAACUGACAAAUGUGAAAUGCCUUAGCCUGUCUGAAAACCAAUUCAGUAUCUUUCCAAAGGAAAUCUUUCUCCUGGAGUCAUUAGAGAGAUUAUACCUGGGACAAAAUAAAGGAAUUAAAUUCACAAUUCUGCCAGAAGAUAUCAGCAAAUUGCAGAAUCUGAAGGAACUGCAUAUGGAGAAUAAUUGUCUGGAUUACCUGCCCACAGCCAUCGGCUUAUUGACCCACUUGAAAAUACUUGACUGUCGCAACAAUCUCCUUAAACAGCUCCCAGACUCUGUAUGCCAGAUACAAGCUGAAAAGCAGGAAUGCUCCACACCAUUCCUGUUCUUUGUGCUGCAGCUGCUUGCUUUUGUGUGUUCAGGUUUGCAAAACCUGCUCGUUCAGAACAAUCAACUGUCCCAGCUGCCUGAGGAUUUUGACAGUCUUCAGCAGCUGGAGCUGGUCCUUGUGGGUGGGAACCCUGUGACAGACCCUCUGAUUGAAGUGUGCUGUCAGGGGACAUCUGCCAUCUGGGAAUACUUACAGGAAAAAAAGGAAAAGAAAGGGAAAGGAAAGGGAAAAGAGAAGCCUGUAAAAGGAUCAAAAGCCAAAAAGUGGUAUUUGGGCAGUAAAGUGCACAGAGCUCUUUUCAUUUACAAGAAGGGCAAAUAUGAGCAGAGAUAA